AUGCGCAUUUCAUCACAUCAUGUGGUUCUCUUCCCUUACAUGUCAAAAGGCCACACCAUCCCUCUUCUCCAAUUCGCCCGUCUCCUCCUCCGUCACCGCCGCAAACAACCAACCAUCACCGUCUUCACCACUCCCAAAAACCAACCUUUCGUCUCCGACUUCCUCUCCGACACGCCGGAGAUCAAUGUCAUCUCUCUCCCUUUCCCGGAAAACAUCUCUGGAAUCCCUCCCGGCGUCGAGAGCACCGACACGCUCCCUUCCAUGUCACUCUUCGUGCCGUUCACGCGCGCCACGAAGCUUCUCCAACCUUUAUUCGAAGAAACGCUCAAGAAUCUUCCAGAAGUUUCCUUCAUGGUCACCGAUGGUUUCCUCUGGUGGACAUCGGCAUCUGCAACUAAAUUCAAGAUUCCAAGAUUGGUCUUCUUCGGAUGGAACUCCUACUCAUCAGCCGUUUCAAUCGCUGCCUUGAAACGCAGACCGGACAUUGAAUCUCAAACCGAACCGGUCACUUUACAUGACUUUCCAUGGAUCCGGGUUACGAAGUCUGACUUCGACAACGGUACCGAUCCGAAACAAUCGGAUCCUCCUAAUACGGAUCAUGCUAAACCGGCUUGGAUUCAUUGGUUGGACCGGAAACGAGAAGAAGGACGUCCGGUUUUAUACGUGGCGUUUGGAACGCAGGCAGAGAUAUCGAACAAGCAGCUCAAGGAACUAGCUUUGGGCUUGGAAGAUUCCAAGGUAAACUUUUUGUGGGUCACAAGAAAAGACAUGGGAGAUAUUAUUGGAGAAGAAUUCAAAGAUAGAGUUAGUGAGAAUGGGUUGAUAGUGAGAGAUUGGGUGGACCAAUGGGAGAUAUUGUCACAUGAAAGUGUAAAAGGAUUCUUGAGUCACUGUGGAUGGAACUCAGCGCAGGAGAGCAUAUGCAUUGGGGUCCCAUUACUGGCUUGGCCGAUGAUGGCUGAGCAACCACUCAACGCGAAGAUGGUAGUGGAGGAGAUAAAGGUCGGAGUAAGAGUUGAAACCGAAGAUGGGAGUGCGCAAGGAUUUGUGACUAGAGAGGAACUAAGUCGAAAGAUUCAAGAAGUAAUGGAAGGAGAAACCGGAAAACUCGCAAGAAAAAAUGUGAAAGAAUACUCGAAAAUGGCAAAAGCAGCUUUGGUCCAAGGGACUGGUUCGUCUUGGAAGAAUUUAGAUUUGAUUUUUGAAAAGUUUAUGUAAAAGUAUAGAGCCAAAGAGGGUGCUAAUAAGAUUCAGGAUUGGAUUACUAACCGAUUGGUUUAGAUAAUAUCCAAUAAGGACCAAUAAGUCUUGG